GGUACAAUCAUUAUAGAUUAAAUAUGAGUUUCCUAAAGUAACUGUAUUACUGUAAAAUAAUUGAAAAUGAAUAACGUAGCAACCGCAGAGUGCUUGACCCUAGAUUUUGGACCGUUUGAGACUGUUCAUCGAUGGCAACGUAUGCCAGAAUGUGACGAAUUUGUUGGUGCCAGGCGUAGCAAACACACUGUUGUAGCAUACAAAGAUGCAAUAUAUGUUUUUGGCGGUGACAAUGGUAAAAGAAUGUUGAACGAUUUGUUGAGAUUUGAUGUGAAAGAGAAAUCUUGGGGACGUGCAUUGGCUGCAGGAGCUCCUCCUGCUCCACGUUAUCAUCAUUCAGCAGUUGUGCAUGAUUCCUCCAUGUUUGUAUUUGGUGGUUAUACCGGGGACAUACAUUCCAAUUCGAAUCUCACAAACAAAAAUGAUUUGUUUGAAUAUCGAUUUCAAACUUGCCAAUGGACAGAAUGGAAAUUUAUUGGGAAAACACCUGUGGCUAGAUCUGCACAUGGAGCUGCUGUAUAUGACAAUAAAUUAUGGAUAUUUGCAGGCUACGAUGGAAAUGCAAGAUUAAAUGACAUGUGGACAAUAUCACUGUUGCCUGGAGAGCCUAGGGUAUGGGAAGAAGUAGUUCAAUCUGGUGAUUGUCCACCAACAUGUUGCAAUUUCCCAGUUGCAGUAGCCCGUGAGUCUAUGUUUGUCUUCAGUGGUCAGAGUGGGGCAAAAAUCACUAAUAGCCUUUUUCAAUUUCACUUUAGAGAAAAACGGUGGACUCGUAUUUCAACGGAACAUAUACUUCGCGGUGCACCACCACCACCAGCACGUCGGUAUGGUCAUACCAUGGUCAGUUUUGACAGGCAUCUUUAUGUAUUCGGUGGUACAGCGGAUUCCACGUUGCCGAAUGAUCUUCAUUGCUAUGAUCUUGAUACACAAACAUGGAAUAUUAUUCUUCCAUCCACUGACAGUCAGAUUCCAUCCGGUCGUUUGUUUCACGCGGCAGCAGUAAUAGGAGAGGCCAUGUUCAUAUUCGGCGGAACAGUUGACAAUAACGUUCGAUCGGGCGAAACAUACAGAUUUCAAUUCUCGUCUUAUCCAAAGUGCACGUUACACGAUGACUUUGGAAGAUUGUUAAGUGGACGUCUGUUCUGCGACGUCGAAUUUGUAGUAGGUGACACAGAAACAAAGAUACCUGCUCACAUAGCCAUGGUAGCGGCACGAUCGCAGUUUCUCAGGGCUCGUAUUAAGCAGGCUCGAGAAAAGCGAGAUAAAUACUUGGAGGAUACGUUUGGAACCACUGAUGUGCCGAUCAAGGACAUCCCUUUAUUAGAGGUGAGACUGAAAGAUGCAGUACCAGAAGCUUUCGAAAUGGUACUGAAUUACAUCUACACCGAUCGUAUUGAUCCUACGAAAAAGAGCGAUGAUGGAUCAAGCAGUCGCGUCGAAGACCCACUGAGCAAUCGAAUUGUACUGCUCAUGAUGGACGUUUAUCGUUUAGCGGUGCAAUUUAAUAUGAAACGAUUAGAACAACUGUGCGUCUAUUACCUGAAGGCAACUAUAAGUCACGCGAAUGUUCUGGAAGCGUUGCACAACGCUGCCCACUUGAAAUUGUACUUCAUAAAGGAGUUUUGCUUAAGUUUCGUCGUCAAAGAGAGUAACUAUAAUCAGAUCGUAAUGAGCCAAGAGUUCGAGACUUUGGAUCAACCUUUAAUGGUGGAAAUCAUUAGGAGAAGGCAGAUGCCACAGACGAGAAACUUCUCGAAGCAGUAUGAUCUUGGCACAGGAACGACAUUGGAACAAGACAUGGAAGCAUUUUUGAAGAGUGUUGGCCGGGAAUUCUGUGAUAUAACAUUAAUAUUAGAUGGUACACCCAUUCCUGCCCAUAAGGCAAUUCUUGCAGCACGGUGUAGUUAUUUUGAGGGCAUGUUUCGUUCCUUUAUGCCAGAAAAUAAUACAGUCAAUAUACAAAUAGGUGAGAUAAUCCCUUCUCGCGAAUCAUUUGACUCCCUGUUGAGAUACAUCUAUUAUGCAGAUGUCUCUAUGCCGCCUGAAGAUUCUUUAUACUUAUUUACCGCGGCAAUUUUCUAUGGUUUUACGAAUAAUCGACUGCAGGCCUUUUGUAAACAGAAUCUUGAAAUGAACGUCAGUUUUGAGAAUGUUAUACAGAUAUUGGAAGCUGCCGAUAGGAUGCAAGCUACCGAUAUGAAGAAGUAUGCGUUGGAUCUUAUAGUGCAUCAUUUCACAGAGGUCGCAAGGCUUCCAAAACUGAAACAGUUAAGUAGAGAACUUUUGUUGGAUAUUAUUGAGGCUUUGGCCGAUGAACGUAGUGAAGCACGAGCCUGCCAGGAUAUGGCUAACGAUUGCUGAUAGCAUUCCGGCCCAUAA